UGACGUUUGUGAUUUUCUGGAAAUCAGUGAAAUGUGGAUUUUGUCUAGGUAAUUUUAUCAUCACGCACCUUGAUUUGUCUAUGAAAUGAAGUAAGGUAGCUUACUGCAUCACAUUUUCUCUGAAGCAGAUCUGAGUUGCUCUCAGUCCCAGCAAGAGUGAGCAGAGUGCGGCCUGCACUAUGAGCGGGGCAGCGCUGGGAAUAGAGAUUGUGGUUGUCUUUUUCCUGGCUCUCUUUCUCCUGCAUCGCUAUGGCGACUUUAAGAAGCAGCAGCGCAUGGUUCUCUUUGGCACACUGCUGGCUUGGUAUUUGUGCUUUCUCAUCGUCUUCAUCCUUCCCUUGGAUGUCAGCACGACAAUCUACAAGCAGUGUUUAAUUGAUCAGGAAGCACAUGCCCAGACGCCCUCUGUGAGCCCUGUCCUUUCAAACCAGACGACUCCAAAUAACUCUGUCUCGCCCAGUAAAAGCACUGAACAUGUGUGCUAUAAACCAUGGAGCUACAUUCCAGAUGGCAUCAUGCCAGUGUUCUGGAGGGUUGUUUAUUGGACCUCACAGUGUCUUACUUGGCUCCUUCUGCCGUUCAUGCAAUCAUAUGCCCGCUCUGGAGGAUUCUCCAUUACUGGAAAGAUCAAGACGGCCCUGAUUGAGAAUGCAAUCUACUACGGCACAUACCUUUUCAUCUUUGGCUCUCUUCUCAUCUAUGUGGCUGUGCAUCCUCAGUGGCACCUCUCCUGGUAUGAGCUGCAAACCAUCGGCAUCACUGCGGCCAACACUUGGGGUCUGUUUCUUCUAGUGUUGCUGUUGGGCUACGGCCUGGUCGAGAUCCCCCGCUCAUACUGGGAGUCCUCACGCCAGGGUCACCUUCUCAUCAAGACUUACUUCAAAGCAGCCAAGCUCAUGACAGAGAAGGCCGAUUCGGAGGAGAACCUAGAAGAUGUCAUGGAGGAAGUGAGAAAAAUCAAUGAAUCGAUCAAAUAUAAUCAUCCGCUGAGGAAGAACGUAGACACCAUUCUCCGAAAGUGCCCAGUUGAAUAUCAGGAGAAAAUGGGCAGGAACAUGGAUGACUAUGAGGAUUUCGAUGAUAAACAAAACGCAUAUCCCUCUGAAAGAAGCCUUUCGAAACUACACAAGCAGGUGAUCUACGCAGUGCAGCGGCACAACCGCACACGCGUUCAGUGGCAGAUAUUGCUGGAACAGGCUUUACAUCUCGAGGACGUUGCCAAGAACGAAACCAGCACAUCUCGGCAGUUCGUUCACAGCUUUGCCCCUCCAGAACCUGUAGGCUGGUUCAGACGCUAUAUUUACACUCCCACAGUAGAGUGGUACUGGGAGUGUUUGCUGAAGAAGUGGUUUUACCGUAUACUGGCUGUGGUUCUGUCACUCUUUUCGGUGGCUGUGGUUUGGUCUGAGUGCACUUUCUUCAGUACUCGUCCCGUUCUGUCACUCUUUGCUGUGUUUAUCCAGCUCGCUGAGAGAGAUUACAACUACCUGUACAUUGAGAUGGCGUGCUUCAUUACAAUCUUUUUCCUCUGCACCUGCGUCUACUCCACUGUGUUUCGCAUCCGAGUCUUCAACUACUACUACCUGGCCUCACAUCACCAAACCGAUGCCUACAGCCUGCAGUUCAGUGGCAUGCUUUUUUGCCGCUUGACCCCACCACUUUGUCUAAACUUCCUGGGACUGAUUCACAUGGAUUCUGCCAUAUCCCACCAAGCAAAGGAGCAGACGGCAUACACCUCUAUCAUGGGUUCCAUGCGGGUCCUGUCCUUCAUUGCCAACGGCUUCUACAUAUAUUAUCCCAUGCUGAUCGUCAUUCUUUGUAUCGCUACAUUCUUCAGUCUUGGGACACGUUGUCUGAACCUCCUGGGUUUCCAGCAGUUCAUGGGAGAGAACGAAUUGACUUCUGACCUCAUAGAUGAAGGCAGAGAACUCCUGCGCAGAGAAAGAAGAAAACGGCAAAGAAUAGAAGAUGGGGAAAACAGACGAAGAGAAUGGAGAGAGCGUUAUGUUCAGCGAGAUGAUAAUGCUGCCAGAAACCAAACCUCCAUGUCUGAGAUGAAGGAAACCAACUACGGCGAAACCCUGAAUUCAAACACAAACCGACAUGCCAAGUACACACGUAGCAGCAACCAGACAGGGCGAGACAGCAUCGAGUUGUUGCAAGACGCUGAGGCAUUGGACUUCAAUGCUGAGACACUCACUGAUGACCCUUUGCAAUCUGACCCUGGCAGACAUGCUGGUGGAAGGUACCUCUCAAUGUCGUCUUCUCGAAGCCGAAUCUUUGAUGAUGUUUAAUGUCUUUUUUUGGGUCAAAACACUGUCUAGGGAAAAUAAGAUGAAUUUUACCUCUAAAAACACUCUCUAAGGUGUGGUUUGUUCCUGUCUUUUCAAACAUCUUCAAUUUCCUGUAUCCUGUAAUGCAGUGUAGUUAUCUGCAUGCGUCCUGAUAAACUGGCAGCCACGUAGAGAAAUGCACACACUCAUUUUGAAGUGCCAGGCAUUCAGACUGCUGCAUGUGACAAAUGGGUUUUUUUUUGUUUUGUUGCUCAGUGUCUUUAAUCCAUUUCAAGAAAUGAGUCAAAGUUGAACAGUCAAAACAUUGAGCCAUGAAAGGUACUACAGACAGAAAGUAUUUAACUGUUUCUCAUCUCAUUUAUAUAUAUAAUAUAUAUAUAAUAUUUAAGUCCUGGUGUAAUUUAGUUUUAAGUAUUUUUUUCCAUUAUUACUAUUCUUUUAUGUAUUUAUGGUACAUAAAGUUUUAUAAUUUAUGUCUUGAUUUUAGACACAUCACCUUCUGCUUUUCUUGUUUCACAUGACUGUUAUUAUUUAGACCUUGUACAGUACGUUUCAUUUAUAAUGAAGUUACCUGUGUGACCUUAUUUUAGCACUAGUCUUGUGGAUGAAUGUCACUGUCAGAUAGACAAUUUGUAAUUAGCAUUGUCAUUUUUGACACUUAUUCAGAAUUGGCAAAACUGUUGAAAUAGCUUUGAGGAUGCACUCUGAUUGUUUAAAAAAUGGGGUUAAAACAUGUACUUAUGGGCUGGUUUUCCAAACUUCUUUAUCACAAGUGCAGUUUUCUUAUAGAAAACAGACUUUCAGUGUACAAAUGUGUUGAAGGAAUCUGGUUAGCAACAUACGUUUAUAAAACAAGACCAGUGUAUGCAUGGCAAGAUAUGAGGGAAUCACAUUUUUUUUAAUUACAUGAAAUUCUCCUUGUGUCAUCUCUAGCAUAUCAAAUGUACAUUUUUGCAUGAUAUGAUAUUCUACCGCACAUGCUUAGAGUGUUAAUCUUUUUUCUCACAGGAAGUGCAGUAGCAGCUCUAAGUAACUAGUGUUAUAUUUCACUCUAAACAUGUCUAUUCUCUCUACAAAUGUUAAGCAUCGUGGUUUAAUCUCAGAUUCAUGGAUUUUCUUAGUAAAUGUAGCCCUUUAGGUUUAAAUAAAUAAGAAGGACAUUUGUUUUUUUCUAUACAUACUUUUGGUUUACUGAAAAGUGUAUUCACAUUUACUGUGUAUUUAUGAAGAUAUUAAUUAUGUUGCCAAUGGGGUGUAAUCUUGAUAUGUUCAUUUGUCAGACCUCAUGUAGUAUGAUGAUGAAGGCUGGAACUGGACUCGAUGCUGGAAUAUGUUGAUUUGUAUAUUUGGUGUAAGUGAAUUAUGGUACAUUCUUGUUAUUAAUAAAUGAUUGAUUACAUCA